AUGCGUCGACAGCUGCACGAGUUCAAGAUGCAGAAGAGAGACAGUGUAAUGGAUCGCUAUCCCAUUUUCGAUGAGCUGUGCAUGUCAAUGCAAGCUAUCGGUGACGAAGUUUUUCAGGAUGAGCGACUCGUGAUUCUACUCGGAAGCCUAUCUGAUGAAUACGACCAAAUAGUCAAGAUCAUCGAGAACAUGAAGGAUAUGAAUCAAUUUCAAGCCAAGGAAAUGCUUUGUCGUGAAUACGAAGGCAUUGCUCGAAAGGAGAAGAGCGAGAUUGCGUUGAAGGCUACAAGAAAGUUCAAGAGCAAGAGUUUUCAGCCAAAGGAAGCAAGGAACAAUUUCACUAGGACGUGUUUUAUCUGCGGCAAGCAUGGGCACAAGAAACAAGAUUGCUGGAAGAAAUCGGACAAGAAGAAGAGCUUUGAGCAAGCGUUCACUGUGAGGAACAAUGCUCUGAAGGUUGGCUACUUGCCAGUGGAGCGAAAAGUCAUAUGUGUCCAAUCCAAGAUGACUUUUUGGAUACCCGCCCACUGA